AUGUCUUUGCAAAAGAAUUAUUUCCAAAUCAUAUUGAAUAAUAAAUAUAUUAGUAAUAUUAUAUUCUGUAAUGUAUAUCGUAUUCACAAGUUUGUGGUUGGAAUAGGCAAGCGAUGCUAUCGGUACAAUGAGAUUGGCGAUGUCGAGUGGAUGCUGCUCAAUCGGUAUACAGCGCAACCUCGUCAUCGUUCGACACAUUGCCACUCUGCUCAACGGCAUGUCGCUAUCGGUGCCGCUCGAAUCGAUGCAGCAAUGUCUGCUCGUGCAUCAAAAGACACCAGUUGUCGCCGACGACAAGUUCAUACAGGACAGCAUCGAAAUAAUUUCGAACAGAUACACAAUAACCUGUUAUUUAAAUGUCCAUUACAAAAUAUUCAAUAUAUAUUGUCGAAUCAACAACAACAACUUGGCGGUGGAAAUAAUAUAUCAACAACAACAACGAUGAUGACGACAACUAACAACAACACUACUACUGCCACAACAAACGAUCAAAUUGAAUCAGUUAAUUCACAAAGACACAUCAUCAGAUACAGUGGCUCCAUUCUGGCAGCGGCAAUUGGAAAUUCACUAGAAGUUCUCCAGUAUCUGCUGAAUAUUUAUCAACAUCAGCCAAACGAUUUCCAACAGGAUCUACAACAACAACAGUUGGAACAACACUCUUACGCUAUCAAUAGAGUCAACCAAAUCUGCGACACACUAGACGAAGCCAUUGAAUCUGCAUUUUUCCCACCGUCACCCUAUAAAAUGGAAUGUAAUAAUUUCACCCAACCAGAAAAUCAAACCAGAAAUAAUCAACUUUUAAUACUAUAUAGAUUUUAA